AUUAGUGCACACCAUAACAGUCCAUCACAAUGGACCAUUGAAUGUGACCAAGUUUUUGUUUGUUCUAGAGUAGGAGAGAGAGAUUAAAAUGAGUUCCAUACUCCGGCCUACGAUCAACCUUGGUAACUCCAUCUUGGGAGUGUCCAUCCUCACCAUGCCGUGGUGCUUCGCCCAGUGUGGAGUUGUCCUCGGGACGUUGCUGCUGCUACUGAGUGCUCUGUUCACCAGCUGGACCUGCAAGAUGCUACUAAGAGCAGCUCACAUGACCAGGCAACACUCGUACGAGACACUAGGUCUGGCUGUGUAUAGCAGUAUCGGCAAGCUGGGCAUCGAGUUGAGCAACAUUGGACUGGGUAUUGGCACCUGUGUUGCAUUCUACAUCAUCAUAGGGGACCUGCUGCCCCCUCUAGUGGCGAAGACCCUCAACCUCGACUGGGACCCCAGUAUCCUCCGGGGGGUGCUCCUAGUGUUCUCCGGGGUGGGUGUGGCCUUUCCUCUCACUCUCAUUCGUAACCUCGAUCGUCUGAGUGUGCUUAGUAUCGGCUCACUCAUCUUCUACUCCUUCUUUAUUGUUCAACUGGUCAUCUCGUCUCAUAGCAACCUAACUGCAGGGGUGUGGUCAGAAGUGAUCUGGUGGCGCACCUCGGGCGUGUUAAAAUGCCUGCCCAUAUUCUCCCUAGCAUUCUGUUGUCAGAGUCAGAUGUUCGUCAUCUACAUGUCACUGCGGGAGGGCAAUGUGAGGAAGAUGACCACGAUAGUGGACGGUUCCAUUGCCAUGGUUACAGUUGCCUAUCUGUCGGUGGCUGUGUUUGGGUACUUGUCCUACUACACGGUUGAUAUCCAUGGCGAUGUACUGGCCAACUUCCCUCUCAAUCUUCUCUCACAGAUAACACGCUUUGGCUUUGCGGUGACUGUGAUGUUGAGUUUCCCUCUGAUAGUGUUCCUGUGCCGAGUCAGCAUAAACUCACUGCUGUUUCCAGAGAAGAACACGGAACUACACGUAACCACGCCCAUUCCACAGGGGAGGUUCGUGGCCAUCACUGCCGGGGUCAUGUCCUCCACUCUUGUACUAGCCAUCCUCAUACCAAACAUCCAGACGGUCCUGGCGCUGGUCGGUGCGACUCUUGGCUCUCUUAUCUGCUUCAUCUUCCCCGGCUUGUUUUUCAACAAGGUGGCUGGGUCCAACACAGACUACACCUCUAGAGCCAAGUUCUGUGUUGGUCUAGGUCUGUCAGUUCUUGUUCUUAGUACGUUUGUGACCCUCAACACAUGGUCAGAGGAGAGCUCCGUACAAUCGCACAUCCAACCACCCCCUCAACAACUAGACAUUGUCAAGUUUCCCCCUCUCCCAGUUGACAUCCAUGAAAUUGACAAAGAAAUGAUUGAAAAAGAUGAACUCCAAAAAAAAGAACUGCCCUUUGAACCUGUUGCCAAAAAUCCUGACUCAGUAAUUAUUAAUGAAGACAAACCUGUUUCCAAGGAAACCAAAGAGAUGGAAAAGGUUCACGAAAAGCUCGAGGAGAAAAUUUCAGAAUUGGCCAAUAAAGUUGACAAACUACAAGAGGAUAAUAAAGAUCUGCGAGAGAGACAAGAAGAAAUUGACAAGGUUCCAGUCAAAGAUCUCAAGGCAGCAAAAGACGACAAAAUGUUACCCAAAGAACCAUCGAAAAUGGACACACCUCAACGGGAAGGUGAUGAAGAACACGUAGCCGUUGGUAACCAAGUGCCGUCCAAUAACAAAGCCGACAAAACUGACGAAACCGGCAAAGCUGACAAAGCUUCUGAUCAUGUGAUGAAGAAAAGAAAUGAAGUUGAAGUUACUGGUCAUGUGAUCAAAUCCCCUGAUCAUGUGAUCAAGUCAGCAUCUCAUAAAGACCCCGAAGAAUUGGAUAAAGUGGAACUGAUUAAUCAAGAGAAAGCUGAUGACAAAUAUGUGGUUGCAAAGGACGUUCAGGUAAAGGAACCAAUAGGUGUGGCUAAGGAUUAUGUGGGGGUGGCUAAGGAUGAUAUGGGUGUGGUAAACCCAGCCAAGGACGAGGUGAAGAUUGUCAAUGGCGAACUGAAGGAGGAAUUUAAAGCUGGACAUAAAAAUGAACCUGAUGAGCACAAUGAAGCUCAUUUAGGAGGUGGUAGAGACUUGAAGAAUACUAGUUAGCUUAUAAUAGAACGAAUCAGUUGUAAAUAUGUAAUUUUUUUGCCUUCACUUUCAAUACAUGUACAGUACGUUAAGUGUCACGUGACAUAAUACAUGAGUUAUUGUUAUUAUCA